GUGUGUGUGUGUGUGUGUGUGGUGGCAGGGUGGGGGUGGUCUCCCUGGUUGCUAAGGGCAACAGGGUGAGAUAGAUGGAGCCGCAGCUGCGCGUCUGUUAAUACCAGCGAUCGACCCUCAACGUCCCCGCGCGCAAUUCUCCACACACACACACACACACACACACACACACACACACAGAGAGAGAGAUCUCUCUUCAGUCAAGGCAUGAGGAUGCGAGCGGGGAUUUAGUUUGUGUCUUUUCCAGUCUGCAGCAGAUUAUUACCUUUCCUCUAGCACACGGGACGGAUUUACACACGAGGAACAAGCUUUGAAGUCCAUCUACUCCAUACGGAAUAUGAUGCAGAAUUGCCCAUUUCUUAUGGAAAUAAGUUGGAUAGGAACACUCACAGAGCUGUUGGCUGAUCAUCAAUGAACUCAGUUCCAUAAAGAACUCAAGGAAAUAAGUAUAUUUCAACGAGGAAGACCUGAUAGUUGGAGUUUUUAUUUUCGAUAUGGCGGCAACCGAGGCUAAUGCAGAGCCUGUCCAAGCAGACAUUGUCGAGAACAAGGCCGAGGUAGACACCACAAAUCCAGCCCCAGCUUCAACAGAGGAAGCCCCAGCUUCAACUGAGGAAACACAGCCUACUACUGAGGCACCGCCAAGCACAGAGCAACCAGCUGAUAGCAAAUCCAAGCCAGCCUCUGAGAAAAUAUGGGACUCUUUUUUAAAUAAAAGUGGGCUUGGAAAAGUAAUGGGAGGGAAGAAAAAGAAGGAGCAGCAGACAGGCGCUGAGGAUUCUACUGGCGAGGAGCAGGAUAAGGUCUCUAGCCAGAACGAUCAAGGGGAUACUGCAGGCCCUAAAGAGCAGGAAUCUAGUCAGCCAGCAGAAACUGGCAUGGCUGCAGCUGAUGGGCAGACUAUUGAAAAAGCACCAGAAAAUGAGGAGGCUUCCCAAGAGCAAAAGGCAUCUGGUGCAAAGCCAAAGCAAGGAGAGAAGUCUAGUGUUAGGGACUUCAUCCGCAAGCCUGUUGCUAAAAUUUUCUCGCACAAAAGCACAGACAAAAAGGAGGAAGCAGGGGCACUCCAAAAACAUGGCAUGGUUCGGUCAAAAUCACUAGACAGGCUGGAGGAUGCGGAUGCCAGUACAAAUGUGGCAGACCAAGCAGAGGAGCCUCCGACUGCAGAUGAGCCAGACAAGUCUAACCCCCAAACAACAAAAAACAUGAAGCGCUGGCACUCUUUUAAGAAACUCAUGGCUCAGAAAAGUCACAAGAAAAGCACAGACGAGUCCAAGGAUGCUGAGGGAGCAGAAGGAACCAGUGCAGAUGGAGCAGGAGACAGUGGGACACUGGAUUCCACUACAAAGUCAGAGCACUCUGGGCAAAAAAGGUGGAAAUUAAAGAGAUCCUGGACAUUCCAAGGUCUGAAGAGAGAUUCAUCAGUUGUUGGAAUCCACAAACCAAAGGACAAAGACUCUUCAGAUGUUAAAGACGAAAAUGCCCCAGAGGCUGAACAGGGGACGGAAGAUGUAAAGGUAGCCAGUGACGUAGAAACACAGGAGAAGACUAAUGCUGAGGGUGAGGAGGAGAAAGGAGUAACUGCUACUACACAGCAUGCAAAAUCGGUGGACCAGCAUGCAAAUGAGAUCUGGACCUCUUUCAAAAAACGAGUUAUUCCCAAAUCAAAGAGGGCAGCUGACUCUGGUGGAGUAGAGGAGGAAGCAGCGGGUGAGCAAGAGCAGACUGAUGAACCACAGGUGGGUAAAGACUCAGGCAAGACAGCCAAGGCAAAAAGGACACACUUCAACCGUGCUGUGUCACUAAAGAACUUCAUACUGCGAAAGGGGAAGAGCACCAGCAUGGACAUGGGGGAGGGUACAGCAGCCCAGAAAGAUGGAGAUGGUACUGGUGAGAGUGAGGCUAAAGAUGUGGAUGGCCUUGAUGAUGCAGCUGGGGCAACUGAUGUCCCACAGACUGGAUCAGAGGAGCAGACUGCGGCUCCGAAUGAGAGCAAUAAUGAAGCUCAGGUGGCAGGUGAACACAAGAGUUAUGAUGGAGAGGAGAGGUCCCACACUAGUCCCACACCAUCUGGUCAGCCAUCAGACAAGUGUCACGUAGCGGAUCCAGCACCAGAGGGUGAAGGCCAGACAGAGCCAAAAGCCAAUGGUGAGAAUGGAUGCUCAGAUGCUACAUCAGAGGACACCGCAGCACACAAUCAUGAAGCAACAACCCAGAAUGACGUGAAGGAUGAGGAGACCAACCAGGAGACCAUAGACUCUAGUGGCAAAACUUGUCAGAAGGACGUGAAGAUCCUCAGUCAAGACGGGAAGUGCGAUACUGUCAAUGCAGUUGCCCAAAGCGAAAAAAAGGCGGGAAACGUGUGACGCCACACAAAGAGGAUUAGAUCUGCAUGGGAUUCGUUCAGCGAGGAGCUUUGCCCCCCCUCCCCCCAAAUAUGGAGUAAUCACAUGUUUACGCCACGAUUCACCAUGGUGAGAGAUGCAAUCCACGUAGUUAAAAAAAAAUCUUGAAAAGCAAUAAUUCAGAAUCAUCAAUCAGUGCAGUUCUUGCUACCAUUCCAUCAUUGUAAAUGUUUUUGCCUGUCUACUAGUGAGAUUUUAUAUUGUCAUAAAUGACAUUCCUUUGAAAUGUUAAUCUCAGUGAUCACAAAGUACCGUGAUCAUAAAGUUAGUUUUAUAUUAAUUGCCAUUCUGUUCUGUUAGUUUUCCUUUGACUAGAUAUAUGUGAUACAGACACAUUUUAAAUAAUAACAGCCCGCCAGACUGCCCCUGAAUUGUGAAUUCAAUACGGAAUGUGCUCUAAUCUCUGUGUUUUUGUUUUUAGACUGUUAUCUUGUGUACAUGAAUAAACCACCAUUAAA